CCUCUGCCUCCUGCAAUUACACCAGCCGAGGAGUCAAUAAACCCUCUAAAGGAAGAAGUAUAAUUGGUAGAGUCGAUGACUCAACUCGAAUCCCUGGGAAAGGCGUUCCAGUGCAGCCAGGCCUUUCUGUGGAUGAGAUUUCUGCCUCCCUCCUGACUGGAAAGCUGACUACUGUCUUUCUUCCGAUCGUCUACAUGGUUGUAUUUGUGGUUGGUUUGCCCAGUAAUGGCAUAGCCCUGUGGAUCUUCCUUUUCCGAACGAAGAAGAAGCACCCUGCAGUGGUUUACAUGGCCAACCUGGCCUUGGCAGACCUCCUCUCUAUCAUCUGGUUCCCCAUGAAGAUUGCCUAUCAUAUACAUGGCAACAACUGGAUUUAUGGGGAAUCUCUUUGCAAGGUACUCAUUGGUUUUUUCUAUGGCAACAUGUACUGCUCCAUUCUCUUCAUAACCUGCCUCAGCGUGCAGAGGUAUUGGGUGAUUGUGAACCCCAUGGGGCACACCAGGAAGAACGCAAACUUCGCCAUCGGUAUCUCCCUGGGAAUAUGGCUGCUGAUUCUGCUGGUGACCAUCCCCUUGUAUCUCGUGAAGCAGACCAGUUACAUCCCAGCCCUCAACAUCACAACCUGCCAUGAUGUCUUACCGGAGGAGGUGUUGGUGGAGGACAUGUUCAAGUAUUUCCUCUCUCUGGCCAUCGGAGUCUUCCUGUUCCCAGCCAUCCUCAUGGCUUCUGCCUAUGUGCUGAUGAUCAGAAUACUGAAAUCUUCUGCCAUCGAUGAAAACUCAGGAAAGAGGAGGAGGAGAGCCAUCAAACUGAUUGUUACUGUCCUGGUCAUGUACCUGGUCUGCUUCACUCCUAGUAACAUUCUGCUCGUGGUGCACUAUUUCACGAUUAAACACUGGGGCCAGAGCUACGUCUACACCCUGUACAUCGUAGCCCUCUGUCUCACCACCCUCAACAGCUGCAUCGACCCCUUUGUCUAUUACUUUGUUUCAGAAGACUUUAGGAAUCAUGCAAAGAACGCUCUUCUUUGUCGCAGUGUCCGUAAGGCAAAGCGGAUGCAAAUAUCCCUCCCAUCAAAGAAGUCCUCCAGGAAAUCCAGCUCUUACUCUUCAAGUUCAACCACCAUUAAGACCUCCUAUUGAGUAUUCCAGCUCCGCAGAUGGAAGUUUUACGGGAGGCUUUGGAGCUUGCUUAAUGUUAUGGGGACGUUUCUGUUGUUUCCUAACCAAGAGGGUCUUACCACGUACCAUGUACAUCCAGUACCUUUCAGGAUUGCUGGAAGCUUCCCUGUUCGCAUGAAGAAAAUCCACUAAGUUAACAUAAAUGCCAGUUUCAGAAUUUCUCUACUCAGAUGCUCCCUGAAUGGAACUUACAGAAGCAGACUUUAGAAGGUGGCUCCCCCCAAAACACACACGAAACAGAAACCCAGUGACUUGCAAAAACUGGUUUUGGCAUAAAGACUAAGUUCUUAGUGGAAGCUACACACAUCUGGGGUCAACCACAGUCUUGUUA